GAGGAAUUUCAGGCUUUCUAGUAAUUUCAUGGAUUUCAGGCGUUUGAGGCAUUUCAGGCAUUUCAGAUGUUUGAGGCAUUUCAGACGUUUGAGGCAUUUCAGGAGUAUGAGGCAUUUCAGAUGUUUCAGGCAUUUCAGACGUUUGAGGCAUUUCAGGUGUAUGAGGCAUUUCAGGAGUAUGAGGCAUUUCAGACGUUUGAGGCAUUUCAGACGUUUGAGGCAUUUCAGGAGUAUGAGGCAUUUCAGACGUUUGAGGCAUUUCAGGAGUAUGAGGCAUUUCAGACGUUUGAGGCAUUUCAGGAGUAUGAGGCAUUUCAGACGUUUGAGGCAUUUCAGGAGUAUGAGGCAUUUCAGACGUUUGAGGCAUUUCAGGAGUAUGAGGCAUUUCAGACGUUUGAGGCAUUUCAGGAGUAUGAGGCAUUUCAGACGUUUGAGGCAUUUCAGGAGUAUGAGGCAUUUCAGAUGUUUGAGGCAUUUCAGACGUUUGAGGCAUUUCAGGAGUAUGAGGCAUUUCAGAUGUUUGAGGCAUUUCAGACAUUUGAGGUGUUCCAGGCUUUUCAGGUAUUUCAGGUGUUUGAUGCAUAUCAGGCAUUUCAGGUGUUUGUGGCAUUUCAGAUGUUUGAGGAAUUUCAGACGUUUGAGGAAUUUCCGAAGUAUGAGGCAUUUCAGACGUUUGAGGCAUUUCUGGUGUUUGAUGCAUAUCAGGUAUUUGUGGCAUUUCAGAAGUCUGAGGCAUUUCAGACAUUUGAGGCAUUUCAGGAGUAUGAGGCAUUUCAGACGUUUGAGGCAUUUCAGGAGUAUGAGGCAUUUCAGACGUUUGAGGCAUUUCAGAUGUUUGAGGCAUUUCAGGUGUUUGAGGCAUUUCAGACGUUUGAGGCAUUUCAGGAGUAUGAGGCAUUUCAGACAGUUGAGGCAUUUCAGGUGUAUGGGGCAUUUCAACAAUUUGAGGCAUUUCAGGAGUAUGAGGCAUUUCAGACGUUUGGGGCAUUUCAGGUGUUUGGGGCAUGUCAGGAGUAUGAGGCAUUUCAGACGUUUGAGGCAUUUCAGGAGUAUGAGGCAUUUCAGAUGUUUGAGACAUUUCAGAUGUUUGAGGCAUUUCAGACGUUUGAGGCAUUUCAGGAGUAUGAGGCAUUUCAGACGUUUGAGGCAUUUCAGGAGUAUGAGGCAUUUUAGACGUUUGAGGCAUUUCAGACAUUUGAGGCAUUUCAGGAGUAUGAGGCAUUUCAGACAUUUCACGCAUUUCAGGA